AUACGUAAUUAUAAAAUGUAUAAUGUGUGAUUAUUGAAUAUACUCGCUGAAUGGCAGAAUUGCGCGCUUCGCUUAUUAAAUGCCGAUAUUCAAAUUAUACGUCGGUAUUAGAUUAUUUGCGAGGAUACACAACGUUUAUGUAUAUAUACUCGCUAUACACCACAAGUGUCUGUAAUUUUUUCUUUACAUAACUAUACGUACGCGAUGAUGUUCGAUUGAUUUUUUUGUUGAAUCGCUCGGUGCUCGUGACUUUGAGCGAACGAUACAUACCGCAUUCGAUCAAAAAUAUGCCACGUCUUAAACUGCGUUUUUUUUUACGGAAAAUAUAGCUUCAAUUUUUAUUCGUAACGUGUACUGCGAUUUGAUCGGCAUAUUCAGUAAAAAUUAGAUACGAGGAUAACAAAAUAAUCAAAAAUACGAUAUACUCGGAAUACUUUCGGACCAACCGAUAUUUCAAUCGUUUUUCCUAAAACGAUUUCGAAGCGAGGCCCGCGUCUUAUUUUCGGGAUAUGGCAUAUUUUCGGUAUAACGCGGUAUACACAUCGUGUAAUAGCUCGAGCGCCCAUGUUUACAUUCCAUGUACGUGAAAUAUGUCAGUAUAACUUGCGACGCCGCAGCAGUAACAACAUCGAGAAAAGCAGCAGCAGCACCAAGUGAUUCUCCUGUGCGAUAACAAGUGCCACUUUCAACACUCGUGUGUAUCGUGUGUUUGUGUGUGUGUGUGUGUGUGUGUGUGUUGUGUCGAGCGCACAGCUGUGAAAAAAUGUUCACGUUCAAAACCGUGGAAAGUUUACCCGGCGAAGGCAAACUCGCGAAAUUGGAAAAACUGAAGAGUUUGCGAGAAAAGGUCAACUGGGAGGUCAAAGAAGAGCGAUACGAACUUCUGGCUCGACUCGGCCAAUCGCUCGGCCGUUGGCAGGGCCAGCCUCCUGAUCUCCGCGAGAUCUUUCAAGGCGAAGAAAUCGAUCGUCUCCUCUUGGACUCGACGGAUCUCGUGGCACCUCGCAUGACGACGUUCGUUCCCACGGUCGCUCUUAGCGGCUACAAGGACGAGCCCGAGCUCGACGAAGCGGGCAAGCCAGUGCUGCGUCGCACCACACCGAUACACCAAGCGUACCGAUACCAUUACGGCUACCUUCCUGCUCUGUUCGAAAUAUACGACAGAUUCGACGCGAACUACAUCGACGAGUCCGGAUUGACGCACUUUCACGCGGCCUGCGAGCUCGGACGUUACGACGUCGUCGAGAAAUUUCUCGAGCACGGUCAGGAUCCCAACGUCGUUUGGCGAGAGACGGGCGAUUCGCCGCUGAUCUUGGCUCUGCGCUACCUCAGGAGGAGGGUGGCCGAGCUGCUGCUGAGGAGUGGGGCAGAUCCGAACUUGGCCAACGCGAAAGGAGAAACCCCUCUGCACGUGAUUUGCUCGCAGAAGAAACCGGAGCUGGUGCAGUCGUUCUUUCAGAUUUGCGACGAAAAACAUCUGUCAGUAAAAAUCGACGCCCGGAACGAGUUGGGCGACAGGCCGUUGCACUUGGCUCUGCGAAUCGGUAACAGGAAGGCGGUCGAAUCGCUGCUGAGAGGCGGAGCCGAUCCGAUGUCCCUCAACAAGGAAGGAUCGACUCCUUUGCACAUCAUUUGCGAGACGGGUGUGGACGGCGAUUCGAUGGAGAUAUUCUUCAAGAUCUGCGACGAGAUACAUCGAGUCGUGCAGGUCGACGCGACGGACAGACGGGACCGGACGCCGCUUCAGAGGGCGCUGACGUAUAUCAUGCCGCGCACGCUCGACGUGCUCUUGGAUCGUGGCGCCGAUCUGUCCAGCUUCGUUUAUCCCACCGAGGCCGCCUUCAUCCAGGCAUUCGAUCAAUGGCUCACCGACAGGCUCGACUUUAAAUUACUGCUAGCUUCCGGCGUCGUGGCCUGCGUCGAGCGUCUCGAAAAAAGAGGCUACGAAACGCAUCUCAGCGACGCCGUGGCCAUCAUGCAACUGUUCGCCAAGCACGAGCUGUUCGAGAAGUCGGCGGAUCUCGACAGGUCUUGGUACGACGACGAGGAGUUCGCGAGAGAAGCGAGAUGGACGAUGAUAAGGCCGGACUUGUCGCUCCACGACCUGAUCCGAGAGCAGCUGGCCACGAACAGAUCGCUCGCCAAUCACGAGGACUACUUGGAAUUCUGGUGGACGAAUAAGUUGGAAGAAUUUCUGCCCGAGGAGCCUUUCGAGGCUUGCGCCAGGCAUCUGUGCGAGACGAUUUCGAGAAGAUUCUUCAAGAAGUGGGGGCUGGUUGGUCUGGUGAAGCUGACGAGCCAACGACUGUCGAUUCUUAGCUGCGACGUCAUCGUCGACAUGCUCGUCAACGCCGAUUUGUACACCAUUUGCUUGGCUGCUAGUGACCAAGAUACCACGUGGAAUUCACAGUGCCAUGGAACACUUGCGUGCUUCAGCCGGAGGGCGGAAGUCACACGGAGCCGGCGAUGAUCAGCGGCGAGACGACCAACUCCAACUGUCGGGUCAUCGACUUCACCCGCGAACGAGAUGAUCUCAGGCUGAAAGUCGAACUGUUCGCGCAGACGGAGCGCUUCCUCAAGGAAAGGUUCCAGAUCAAGUGCUGCGAGGCCGGCUCGCCGCUGACCAU